CUGUUUUUAAUGAUGAAUUUCAGCUUUAAUCGAAUCAGACUUUGGAUAGAAGGGCUGUUGAAUUACGCGGUGCCAAAUUACGCACAACAACCAGCAGCCACAUCAAAACCUCCAGCUCGCCUUUAACUUCUCCUUCCCGAGCUCUCAGCGCAGUGAAUAGUGUGCUGCGUGAGUGUGAGCUGCUGCUGGUGGGGCAGCACCGCUUUUUCUGUCUUGAUCUGAACUACUAACCACGUCUUAAGAGAGAUCAAAAUUCAAUCCCGUUCUGAGAAAAAAAAAAAGAGAAAUGACGUUAUUUGAAUAUGUGCCCAAAAUCCUUAAUGAAUAACUUAGGACGAGUAGGAGGCAAAUGCUGCCCCAGCUGUUUCCUGUUGAAAAUGUCUGUGUAAUGUAGAUAAAUGUGAGGGAUUUUCUCUCUAAAUCCGUCUCCUGUUCGCUAAAUCUCACUUCUCCAAAACGAGCCUGCGCAAUGGAACAAAGUCGGAAUAUUGAGAUAUGACAUUGCCCGCAUCUCUUUCUCCCCGUUUUUUAAUGACUUCAAACAAGUUCCUUUUCGCCGGGCUUUGUCUUGCGGGGACCCGUGGGGAUGUCUAGCGCUCUUUCCUUUCAGUGGCAUUUAUGUGAUGUCUUCAAGAGUGCGAUGUGCUGUAUCUCCUGUAGCCACACCCUCUCACUACUGCUGUGCGUCCUCACCCUGACUCCGACGGCAACAGGGGCGGGUCCAGAGACCCUGUGCGGGGCGGAGCUGGUCGACACGCUGCAGUUUGUGUGUGGAGAGAGAGGCUUUUAUUUCAGUAAACCAGGCUAUGGCCCCAAUGCACGGCGGUCACGCGGCAUUGUGGACGAGUGCUGCUUCCAAAGCUGUGAGCUGCGGCGCCUGGAGAUGUACUGUGCACCUCCCAAGACUAGCAAGGCUGCUCGCUCUGUGCGUGCACAGCGCCACACAGACAUGCCGAGAGCACCUAAGGUUAGUACCGCAGGGCACAAAGCGGACAAGAGCACAGAGCGUAGGACAGCACAGGAGCCAGACAAGACAAAAAACAAGAAGAGACCUUUACCUGGACAUAGUCAUUCAUCCUUCAAGGACGUGCAACAGAAAAACUCAAGUCGAGGCAACACGGGGGGCAGAAAUUACCGAAUGUAGGGAAGGAGCGAAUGGACAAAUGCCCAGCGACUUGGGAAGAGAGAAGGGAGUGGCCUUACCUGGUACCCCUGUGGAAUGGUUCACUGUAAAACAAAACAAAGAAGAUGCUAGCAAAUGUUCUAAAAGCUCUUCAAAAUGAUUGAAACCUGAGAGCUAAGUGAUGUUUAAGGGUUUGAUGAGGGAUCUUGUGAUUAUUUUAUACACUGCACCAUUCCAUAUCGGGAGGAAUUCUUUGUAAAUGCAAAGUAACAGACUAGUUUAGCUGCUGAGACACGAACAAGAGCUUAUUAUACCUCCAAGUGUGAGCUGCAGCAUCCCCUGGCUCCAGGAAAGGUGGGAAAUGCAUCUGGGCUCCAGCCAAUCAGAGAGCAGCAGGCUGUGUUUGAGAAUGAGUGUCCUGUCCCCUGAACUUUGCAGGGGGUAAAUCUUUUUACUCUGAGAGAGUGGAUUCAUUCACUCCUUUGGUAAGACAGGAGACUCUGUCACCGGUCCCCGAUUACAGUUACUACCCCAGUUUGUCAUAAGUAAAACAAGGUUUGCUUUAAAGGACAAAGACCAGGCCGUUCAUUAUCAGAUUUAAACAUUGUUUUAGUUAUUUUACCUUGAGCUUAAGUCAAAUCCCUAAGUUUCAUUAACUCCCGAAGUGGAGUCCCAUAAAGGUUUGAGUCCAAUCCAAACCCCUCUUAAACCUCAGGAAGUGUUGAGAGCCUGGGGAUUGAGUUUACGAUCCAAACACUUCUACAACAACAGAUCAAACACCAUUAGAGGGGAUUUUCGGGAAGGUGGGAAGUACAAAAACAAGACAAACUUAUAAACCAGAAGCUAAAUUGAAUUAAGGUUUUUUUCGGCCCAUCAGUUCAUGGUGCAUGUUUAGUUGUCAGAAAUGGGUAUUUCGGUAGAGUCAAAGUACAUUUGGCAUAAACCAGUGGAAUUAGUCAAACAGCAACAAAUGGGUCACAAAGCCGUUUGUCAACAAUCCAGUAACCGGUGACCAACAUUUGAGUCUGAGUGGAGGCCUGUGUUCAAGGUUAAGCGCAAGUCGUAAAAGUCUAGUCACGGCAAGUCAACAAGCGCUCUAAAAAGAGUCAAAUAUUUUUCUUGUUCUCUUAAAGAAUUUACAAUAUGUUCCCAAAGUUUGAAGCAAAAGGAGAGGCUCUAAGAGUUGCCACUAGAUGGGAAGUUUAACAUUUGAUUGAUCGAUUGUUUGUAUUUUUGUUAGUUUAGGGAGGCUGUGAACUUUGCUACUGCAGUUGUUGCUUGUCUGCAUCACGUGGCAUCAUGGCAACAGUACAACAAAACUCCACAGCAAUCUGUUGCAAAGUCCACCAGAGAAACAUGCAGAUUAGACAGAUUUGGUAAAUAUUGCAAACCAAAAUGACAAGUCUUCCGGGAGAUAUGAGAUACGGGACACAUAUAACAGAACACACACACACACAUACAAAGCACCCACAGUGUAAAUGACAGUUGUGUAACCGUGAGCAAAGGUGAAGCGCACACAACCACGAUUCAUAAAAAGACAGUUCUGAGAAGUCCUUGCAUGAGGACUGACGGUCACGGCUGUUUAUUCAAGCCUCCAUGCAGAUUUACAAUCUUUCUAUCGCACAAACCACCCAAGACAUCUCAUCUUUGCCUCUGCCUGUGUAUAAUCAAACAGUACUCCCAUUUAUGUUAACCUAUGCAUUACUAUCAUUCAUUGUACAUGAUGGUUUCAUAUAACAAAACUGUAUUAAGAAUCCUAUCCACUGUAUAAUGGUGCUAUUUUGUAGUUUGUUACUUGCAACAGACGGCUAAGACAGACAGAUGGCAGGGCUUAAUUGGAGGUCUUCCCUUUUGCACAGCCUUGUGGCCACCAUUUUAAUAGUGUUUUUAUUUGUAAGCUGUUUCAAUAAGGUAGUAGUGUAAGCGAGUAAAUGUAUCUGUGUGAAAUCUGUGAAUGCAUGGAGAUAAAAAAAAAGAAGAUAAUACCAAGUUGUGUUCCCAAGAAGGCAAAACGCUAUUUUUUCUACUGUUUUUGAAUUAUUUUCUCAAUAUAGAUCCCUUCUGCCAAAUAACUUGACAAAAGUACUGUGAACUGUGAUUCUUCCAAUUGUAUUGAGAUUGUCAAAAGUCAUGGUUUGCUUUCGUCUGUCCUGAGAUGUGUGUGUACAUGCACUCGCUGGAAGCCAAGGUAUUGAUUAUUAAAAACACUUAAUGCGAGA